UUUCCUUCCCUGAACCGUGGCUCUGAGGCCAUGGGCAGUCAAGAGGUGCUGGGCCAGGCGGCUCGGCUGGCCUCAUCGGGUCUCCUGCUGCAGGUAUUGUUUCGAUUAAUCACCUUUGUCUUGAAUGCAUUUAUUCUUCGCUUCCUGUCAAAGGAGAUUGUGGGCAUAGUGAAUGUCAGGCUAACACUGCUUUACUCGACUACCAUCUUCCUGGCCAGGGAGGCCUUCCGAAGAGCUUGUCUGAGUGGGGGUGCCCAGCGGGACUGGAGUCAGACCCUCAACCUCCUGUGGCUCACUGUCCCCCUGGGUGUGUUCUGGUCCUUACUCUUGGGCUGGGUCUGGCUGCAGUUGCUUGAAGUGCCUGAUCCAAAUGUGGUCCCUCACUAUGGAACUGGAGUGGUGCUGUUUGGCCUCUCGGCAGUUGUGGAGCUUCUGGGAGAGCCUUUCUCGUUCUUGGCACAAGCACAUAUGUUUGUUAAGCUCAAGGUUCUUGCUGAGAGCAUGUCGGUCAUCCUCAAGAGUGUCCUGACAGCUCUUCUUGUACUGUGGUUGCCUCACUGGGGUCUAUACAUUUUUUCUUUGGCUCAGCUUUUCUAUACUGCUGUUCUGGUGCUCUGCUAUGUGAUUUAUUUAAUAAAGUUACUGCAUUCCCCAGAGUCAACCAAACAACUGACUCUUCCUGUCUCCAAAAUAGCACAACUGCUACCCAGUAUUUCAAGAAGCAGAGCAUUUGUCAAUUGGAAAGAGGCUAAAUUGACUUGGAGUUUUUUCAAACAGUCUUUCUUGAAACAGAUUUUGACAGAAGGCGAGCGGUAUGUGAUGACAUUUUUGAAUGUAUUGAACUUUGGCGAUCAGGGUGUAUAUGACAUAGUGAAUAAUCUUGGGUCCCUUGUGGCCAGGCUAAUUUUCCAGCCAAUAGAGGAGAGUUUUUAUAUUUUCUUUGCUAAGGUGCUAGAGAGGGAAAAGGAUGCCACACUUCAGAAGCAGGAGGAUGUUGCCAUGGCUGCUGCGGUUUUGGAGUCCCUCCUCAAGCUGGCCUUGCUGACUGGCCUGACCAUCACUAUUUUUGGCUUUGCCUAUUCUCAGCUGGCUCUGGACAUCUAUGGAGGAGCCAUGCUUAGUUCAGGAUCCGGUCCCUUGUUGAUGCGUGCCUAUUGUCUCUAUGUCCUCCUGCUUGCUAUCAACGGGGUGACUGAGUGUUUCACAUUUGCUGCCAUGAGUAAAGAGGAGGUUGACAGGUACAAUUUUACUAUGCUGGCACUGUCUUCCUCAUUUUUGGUCUUAUCCUACCUCCUGACCAGCUGGUGUGGCAGUGUAGGCUUCAUCUUGGCCAACUGCUUUAACAUGGGCAUUCGGAUCACACAAAGCCUUUACUUCAUCCAUCACUACUUCCAAGUGAGCCCCCACAGGCCCCUGGCUGGCCUGCGUCUGUCCCCAGUUCUUCUCGGGGUGUUUGCCCUCAGUGGUGGGAUUACUAGUGUCUCGGAGGCAUUGCUGUGCUGUGAGAAGGGAUGGCUGGCUAGGCUGGCACACAUUGCUGUGGGGACCAUCUGCUUAGGAGUGACCCUUGGGACAGUGUUCCUCACAGAGACCAAGCUGAUCCACUUUCUCAGGACGCAGUUGGGUGGAUCCAGACUCAGUGACAAAAUGAGAUGACUUUGAUGAUACUUUGACAUUUUGUACUGGACCAGCAUGGCGUGGUUCUUGGACAUGUGUUGCUGUGCAAAGCCCUGCUGUGGAGUGGCGAGGUCAGAGAAGAGGCGUCAUCCAGUCCAAGGCCUCCAGCCACGAGGCGAGGGAAGACCGAAAGUCCUUUCUGUUAAUGAAUGGAUUCCCUUUUAGUGUGAUUGACCUUUGAAGUUAUAUUUUUUAACAAACUCUGUCUUAGAUAUUAAUAGUUAACAUCAUUUGGCCAAGGAAAAGCAAUGUUGACAUUCCCCUGCCACAAGAAUAGUUAUUCUCUUCUAUGAAAGAAGUAAGGAGCCCCUGAGGUUACAUACCAAACAAGAACAAAGUAUGGCCGAAGAAUUGUGGCUUUCAGCCAGGUUGUGGGGGCUUAUGCCUUUGAUGCCUUUAGACACUUGGGAGUCUAAGGCAGGCAGAUCUCCAAGUUCUAGGCUGGCCUGGUCUACAGAGUGAGUUUCAGGACAGCCAGGGCUACAUAGAGAAACCCUGUCUUAAAAAACAACCCAAAAAGAAAAGGAAGAAAAAUCAUGACUUUCCCUGUUGUCAGUGCUGUGGUUUUAGUUAUUUAGUUAUUAGAGAAGAAAAAUGCUACUCACUGAGAAAUAUUUCUGGACUAAUGUUUGCAGUCCUAGGGAUUGAACUCAGGGUUUCAUGAAUGUUAAGCAAGCACUCUAACACUGAGCUAUACCCGUAUCCCAGGAGAUACAGAUCACAUUCCCCAAAAGGCAUGCUGUAUCCCUCAGAGCAGCUCAUCCCAGAAGAGGUGUUCAGGAUUUCUUUACUGUCGAGUGUCUGAAACUGCCUGAUGGCUUUAGAUCUAGCCUCUUAAAAGAGGGAUCUCUGAAAGGAAGUAUGGCUACUUCGUCCCUUAAGGGGCUGCUGCUUUCCAUCUUUCUUUAGUUUUGCCGUGGAAGUCACACAGGUAAUAUCCACAAUCACAUAGCUAUCACUUUUUAUCCUUAGACUAUAAAAGGACAUGUUGCAUAUGGCAAGAAUCAGAGUCAACCCCUCUUAACUACCCCAUUAUUUCCAGUGCUGGUCAGUACAACUCUAUUCCAUCCCAGAGCAAGAGUGGCAGGCCCAGAGGUGGGGCCUCCAGGCUACCUCAUAAGCCAGGCUUCCUGCACCCUGCAUGAUGCUCUCGCACAGGAGAUCAUCAGCCUUUCUUUGGGUUGUAAAGUAGUUUUCUUUUUCCCUUUUAAUUCCCCUUUCGACAUGGUUGUCCUUUGGUCCUGUAUGCACACUUUAUCUUGACUGUCAAUAGUCAAUAAUCCUCUGCCACAAUGUCCCCAAAUCUUCCAUACUUGCCUCUAGAGAACCAACAAGAACAAUUAGUAGGUGCAUUAAAGAACGUGUACUUGGGCCAGGUGUGAUAGCACACAUCCUCAAUCCCAUCAUUCACACUUAGGAAGCAGAAAUACAUGGAUCUCUAAGUUCAAGACCAGCCUGGUCUACAGAGUGAGUUUAAGGCCAGCCUAGUCUACAUAGUGAUGUUCUGUCAAAAUGAAAAAGAAAGCAAAGACAAAUA